CGGAGGAGUGGCCCCUGGGACACUCGGACCCUUGGCAGGGCAGGCCCAGCUGCGCACACGAGUGUGUGCCAGCAACGAUCCAGGACUGCUGAGACCCCUGGGCCCCUCUGGCCGCUGAAGGCUCAUCUCUGCCCCGUCAUGGGGCUCUUCCUCCUGCUCUCCUUGACCGGCUUUUCAGAAGCCAUGGUCAUGGACAACAAGGUGAAGGAAAGCUUUGUGCUGGACACAGCGUCUGCUGUCUGCAGCUACGACACCCACUACAAGGACCACCCCAAGUACUGGUGCCGAGGCUACUACCGGGACUACUGCAGCAUCGUUGCCUUCACACCCAACAGCUCCGGCCGCGUGGCCCUGAAUGACACGGGCAACCAGCUCAUUGUCACCGUGUCCUGCCUGACCAAGGAGGACACAGGCUGGUACUGGUGUGGCAUCCAGCGGGACUUUGCCCGGGAUGAGAUGGAUUUCACCGAGCUGGUUGUGACUGACUACAGAGGAGCCCACACCAGUGACUUUUGGUCUGUGAAGGAGCCAUCGGGGAACAUGAACAGAAGCUGCAGGGCUUCCAAACACGUGCACAAGGCAGAUCACUUCAGGCUGUCUGUCCUCGUGCCCUGCAUGCUCAUCACAGGGGUGGGGAUCAUCUCCAUAAUGAUUCACUUGUUCAGACAGAGGCGCAAUCAAAGAACCAGAGGAGGUAAAGGCCUAACUAGAAGCCAGAAGACCAGGCAAGCUGCUUCUGCGAUCGCCACACCUCUGGUAGGUUCCCUCCUUGAAUCUUCUGGCCUGGGCUCGGUGGGCCACAACUGCCUGAUGUUUAGGGCUCCCCGCUCCUAA